CAAUAAUCUAUUCAAAAUAUUUCCUUUUUCAAAUUCAAAAUGAUUUUGAACAGGCUCAUUAAGCUUGUGCUAUUUUCUAGUACCAUUUACUUAGUCAAAGCACUAGGAGUUUGGGAGGAACCAUUCGAAGCCAGAAACAGUACACUCGGUAAAGAAGGAGAAGAACCUUUGGAGACAAAAAAUUCAAACGACAAGUCAGAGGAGGGUACAGAUAUUGGUGCCACCAUAUCCAAGGAACUCCAGAAGAAAAAAGAGGAUUUGGAGAAAAAGUUUUGCCCCAAAGGCACCUUCUGCGAGCCCCCACCAAAGCCCCUAAGCAAAACAGUUGGCGAGGCACUUUCUAACACAUGGGGGGUCUUAAAAGGGAUUCCGUCCUACUGGAGCGAAACCUUCGAAACGGUGGGCGCUAGGAUCUGUCAGUUUUUCAGAGGAGAUAAAUGAGCUUUAUAUUUAAGUCAGCAUCUA